AUGGCGCACAAGUUCGUCAUCACAGCCUUCCUUACAGGCUCCCGAAUCCUCGGCCGCUCCUUCGUGGCCGCCUACAAGCAGGCCUCCGCCGCAUCGGCGUACCAGCGCGCCCAGGUCAAGGCGGGCAACACCACUGGCGGCGCCUCGCUCUCGUCGGGCAUGACCCUCGAUGAGGCCUGCAAGAUCCUCAACGUCAAGCCCCCCGCCGGCGGCCAGGCCAACAUCGAGGAGGUGCUCGAGCGUUACAAGCGACUGUUUGACGCCAACGACCCCCAGAAGGGUGGCAGCUUUUACCUCCAGAGCAAGAUUGUGCGAGCAAAGGAGCGCUUCGAGCGUGAGGUUGGCCCCGUAAGAGAGAAGAUGGAGCAGGAGGCCGAAGUUAAGGAGGGCUGGAAGCCCAAGGUCUACAAGGACCGGUAG